AUGGCACCCUCCACCUCCGUCGAGCGACCGGUGUCCAGGCCGAGUCCCGCUGAGGCUGCCAGAGCAGGUCUGCUAAAACUCUACCACGAUGACGAAUCCACGGACUUCACCAUCACCUGCGGAAAGGACACAUACCGGGUACACAAGCUAGUCAUUGGCCUCCAGUCUGAGUACAUUGCAAAGGCUAUUCGGAAUGGCUUCAAGGAAGCUUUGGAGGCGCGCAUCGAUCUGAAAGUCUCGGCCACAGACUGGUCCUGCGACCACCCGGAAGCGGUGCGCUUGAUGAUACAUUACAUGUACCAUCUAGACUACGAGGCCGAUGGCAAGAAAGCCGCUGGGACGCGCAAGGGAGAUGGUCAAGCACGGAGGAAGAAGCUCAAAACCUCCAAUCCCCCCAAAGACGCGCGUGAUGCUGCACCUGGUCCGGAAGGAGAUGAAGCCAUGCUCACYCACGCCCGUGUGUUCGCCGUCGCCGUCAAAUACGACAUGCCCGCUCUACGGCUCCUCGCYGCUGAAAAGAUAGAGCCUGCAAUUCGCAAGAACCUGAAAGACACUUCCUUCGCCCACCUGAUUACGGAGGUCCACUUGUCUACGGAUGAAAGCGUUCGCGAGCUAAGGACCAUCGUCGCUCGCACGAUUCUCAAGAACAAAAUGCUGCUCCAGAAGAAGGAUGUUGCGGAUGCCAUCAAUCAGAUCAACGGCUUGGCCUACGAUUUGCUCGUACAGAGCGGUGGUAUGGCUCUGAACAUCAAGGGUGUUGAUGAGACUAACACCCGUGACUCCGACACCGGCUCCAGUUCUGGUGAGCCGUACUAG